AUGGCAGACGCAACAGAAAAGGUAUACAAAGCCUGGCCUUCGGGCCCGCCUACGUACCAGCAGGCCAACACCGACCAGGGCCGGGAUAUCACACAGAGCAAGCAUUGGAACUAUUCGCUGUUCGACUGUUGCAGUCCAGGAUCACUCUGUCUGACUGCCUGCUGUCUCCCAUGCCUAACAUUCGGAAAAACGCGAGCCAGAACGCGCGAUGCAAGCUUGCAAGACUUUCACUACAUCAACACAGAUUGCUCACUUUUCACCUUUCUUGGCUUUUUCUAUUCGCACUGGAUCAUCCAAACCAUCCGACGAGGCGAGAUGCGCGAGCGAUUCGGAAUCGAGGGCAGUUGCUGCGGGGAUUGCUGUGCUGCUUUCUGUUGCGGUUGCUGUGCCAUUAUACAGGAGGAGAAGGAAGCCGAGUUGAGGACGAGACCCGAGCUGACGGGGUAUCAGGCUCCGGCUCAGAUGGGCUAUUCGUGA